AUGGAGCCUUGGGCUUCAAACUUGUACAACGGAUGUGAGGUUUUAAAGGACCAGACACUUCAGGAGGUGGUCAUCCCACAGCCACUGAGGGUUCAGAUGGAAAAUGACUGGGUGACUGUCCGGCAUGGUAGGAAGAGGGGACAGGCUGGGCAGAAUGCCCCCAAUAGCGUAGCACUUGCAAACCGAUACUCUAUACUGAACAUUGAGAGUGUUGAUAGCUCCAGGGAGGACAGUAAAAACCAAUUGGUUGAACAGGAGGACAUAGGUAACAGGAGCAAUGCUAUUGUCACAGGGGAUACAACAGUGAGAGGAGAAGCUCACAAGGAGCCCACGAACCAGCUUCGCAUCAGGAAAGACAUCUUUUUUUUCGUUGCGGAUCUUCAUCAGACUCUUCGCAAUGAGCGAGUGGCUUGGAGUUCUGUCCGCCCUCCUGCUCUGUCUGCACGAUGCCAGUGGACAGUUGACCCUAACUGUGCGCCGGGAGAAAAGAUCACACUGGAUUGUGCAGUGCGGGGUGUCAGCCUCUCAAAGAGGUAUGUGUACUGGUUACAACAGAAAGGUGGCGGCGCUCCGCGGUUCGUGGUGAAAGGCAACGCUACCAGAGGCUCCGGGAUUCCAGACAGAUUCUCUGGUCUUGAAGACGAAAGCACAAAUGUUGGACGUUUGAUUAUCCAAAGUGUGCAGGCGGAUGAUGCCGCCGACUAUUUCUGUUAUACAUCCACCGAAAACGACGACGCCAGAGCCUUCGGUGGCGGCACUAAACUGAAUGUUCUGGACAAACCGACAUCCACCCCUUCGGUGUUGCUUCUCCCUCCGGCGUCCGAUCAGAUCUCGACAGCAAACGCGGCGACCCUCGUGUGUUUCGUGAAUAAUUUUUAUCCGGAUUCGGUUCAAGUUCAAUGGAGUGUGGACGGCAAUGUAACAGAAACGGGUGUCCAGACGAGUCCAAGUUUAAUGGGGACUGACAACACCUACAGUGUGAGCAGUUGCCUGACCUUGUCAGCCUCCGAAUGGACCACACACGAGGUGUACUCCUGCGGUGUGAGGCAUCAUUCUCUCGGGUCUCGGCUUCUCGAACAGACCAUCCAGAGGUCUACAUGCUUGUGAAUAGUUUUCUUUGAAAUAAAAGCCGCUCAAUGUUUGGAAGUCUGCGUUACCGACCCAACAGGCUGGGGUGGGGGUUUGGGAUACUGGUGUUCAUUCGAUCUGUGUCGAAAUUGGAUUUUGCUUAUUUUAAUCUGUGUGUCGCCUCUUUUCUUCGCAUUCACCACUGCAGCUUUCACAUCUGCCUCCAGUGCGCUGCAGUGAUUACCUCUUAUUUUCCAGUUUUGCUGUGAUAAUAAAAUAGCGCAUUGAAUCAGAA